AUGUACGAGUACGUAAGAAAUAUUUCCGACCGGGUUCCUGACCUAUGCGUCCAGUCCCCCCCUUCUCUUGCCCUUUCUUUCUUUCUUCGCUUGUUAGUUGAUUGGAUAUACACAACGGGAAGAAAAACGAGAGGCCUCCUCUAUUGUGCAUAUCGACGGGCGCAUCGAGCCGCGUAUAUUCAUUCCGAUCCGGCAAGGUACCACGAUCAGAUAGCUCUGUUUUUCGAGUUUUCGAGCGUGUUGCUCUGGCAGAAAAAAAAGUUUGAGUUGAGCCGCUGGAGAGAAAAUGGCUCUUCCCAAUUGAGUAACCCAGAGGCAUUAUUGGACGGGAUCUUCACGCCGUUUCCGCCCGUCGUGAGGGGAGGCCUCUUGGAUUGUUAUCUAGAACUCGGAAUAGCAUUGGCUAGGGAAGACCAGCCAUCGUAG